GGUAAGUAACCCUGCUGCCCUCUGCACCUCCGGAUCCCGCACGUGUACCAACAGAUCCGGGAGAUGCCGGCAGAAAGAGCUAUCGUAAAAGCACGGGGGAUAUUCUGGCGGAGACAAAGGGUCUGGCUGCUCGGGCGAGGCUGGGAGAGGUACCCCCCUCUGAAGCAGUCGCAACGGGGUGCAGGCCGCAAGCAUGAGGUACCCGGAGGCUCCCGGUCUGGACACCUGGGCACUGGAACUGCUCUCGGGAGAAGUUCCAGCUGCCCUUGGGUGCUGAGUGGAGGACCAGGGUGACCUAGGAGGCUUCCAGCCAGCCAGCCAGCCAGAAGCAAGAGCGAAGGAGCAGUAGCACCAGCAGCAGAAGACCUCUCUCCCCAGCGAGAUCUUUGGGGACCCCAACCUUCUGAGCAUGAUGUCCUACAUCAAGCAACCACAUUAUGCAGUCAACGGCCUCACCUUGGCUGGGCCAGGCAUGGAUUUGCUACAUUCGGCCGUCGGGUACCCCACCACCCCGCGGAAACAAAGGCGUGAGCGCACGACCUUCACCCGAGCCCAGCUGGAUAUUUUGGAGGCUCUCUUCGCCAAGACCCGCUACCCAGACAUCUUCAUGCGCGAGGAAGUGGCUCUGAAGAUAAAUCUUCCUGAAUCCAGAGUUCAGGUGUGGUUCAAGAACCGCCGAGCCAAGUGCCGCCAGCAGCAGCAGCAGAGCAGCGGGCAAGCCAAGGCCCGGCCUGCGAAGAAGAAGACCUCUCCGGCCCGGGAGACCAGCUCUGAGACCAGCACCAACGGGCAGUACAGCCCUCCGCCGGCUGGCACCUCGGUGACGCCCAGCUCCAGCGCGAGCGCCACUGUCUCCAUCUGGAGCCCGGCCUCCAUCUCCCCGAUCCCGGACCCCCUCUCCUCCUCCACCACCCCCUGCAUGCAGCGCUCCACUGCCUACCCCAUGACUUACACCCAGGCUCCCGGCUACACGCAGACCUACGCCGGUUCUACCUCCUACUUCAGCGGCCUUGACUGCAGCUCCUACCUGUCUCCCAUGCACCCGCAGCUCUCCGCGCCGGGGGCCGCGCUGAGCCCCAUCACCACCCCAACCAUGGGCAGCCACCUGAGCCAGUCGCCGGCCUCCCUCUCCAGCCAGGGCUACGGCACGGCCGGCCUGGGGUUCAGCUCCGUGGAUUGCCUAGACUACAAGGACCAGGCCGCCUCCUGGAAGCUCAACUUCAACGCCACCGACUGCUUGGAUUACAAAGAUCAGAGCUCCUGGAAGUUCCAGGUCUUGUGAAAGAGUCUCCAUCCUUCCUUUGCAGAGCAUCCUGGGACAACCUCUUCUGUCCAAGCUCGACAUUGAGGCCCCUGGCUGCUUCUCCUUUCCCCCUCUCCCCCCUUCUUCUUUCUUUAAGAGGAGGCAUUCUUCUCCUCGCCAGCAUUGCACGUACUGUAGCAUUGCUUUGUUUUUCUGCGCUGUUUUCGGAAUCGCCCUCAUCCGGCAACGAGGCAGAUCCGUGCGGAUGUUAGGAACUCGUGUACAGCCUUCGUUUCACACGCCCAGGCCCUGGACGUGUCAUUCCUUCAGAUUCUUGGCCUGGACUCAGUGACUUGACAGCUCGUGAAACCCUCGCGACAACUGGGGUGGCAUUUGGAACCUCUCUCCUGGAAGUAGACCGAGACUGGAAGCAACACCAGAAGAUCAGAGGUUGUUGGAGUUUUCACAGGGUGUGUUAGAGGUGCCACGGCAGAGGCAAAAGUUUUCAAAAGAGCCACGUUUUUAGAAGCCAGGUUGCUUUCUCAAAUGAUAUUUUAACGACGACAACAGACUGGGUUAGCAGAGACAGGGGCAAGCAACGGCUCACAGUUUGGUCCAUCCUUUUUCCUAAUGGAAACGAGCAAUUCCAGCACCAUGGACUUAAGCACAUGCUCCAUAUCCCUGAUCAUCAAGAGGUUUUAUUUCAGCCCGUUCCCUCCUGCCUGAAGUGUAGUGCAUUGCUCAAGUCGACACCAGCAAGCCGGCACUCUGGUUUGGCGGGGUUUGAUUGUUUCGUUGUUUUCAGAGCCAGUUCAAGACAUUUUGCCACCUGAAGACAAAGGAGAAGCUGGUGCCUCUCGUCCAAUUUCCACGUACAGAAGCCAAGCAGACCGGCAGUCAAAUCUUGCUUUGACACUGGCGACUGGCUCCCCUGCGCUUGAGAGCGGCAGGCUCAGCCUGCAGGACAGCCCUAAAAACACCUGCAGAUCUACUCCCCACCCCUUAGCAUUGGCUGCCUGAGUCAGCUGCUGCAUUCUGUCUCAUGGUAGGGCCGGCUCUGCUUCUUCUUUUCCCAUGCUCUGUGCUUUAUGGUGAGAGUAUACCAACAUCAGGCAUCUGAAACCUUCCCCCCCCCCCCCGUUUCUGCUUUUGGGACUCCUCGUUAACCUCUGACCCUCCCAUUGCAGACAGUAUUGCUCACUUCACAUUCCUAUGCAUGUCUAGUCAGAAGUAAUUAAUCAGGUAGCUCAAUAGAUAUUUUCUUAAAAAAAACAACUUUUGAUAAACUAAAAAAAAGUGCUCUAGUAUUUUUAAAAAAUACUUUUAAUUCAAUGAAUUAUAAAAGCUGCAGAGAACAAUGGGUAUCUUAGAAGAGGCAUCUCUCUCUCCCCCCUUACACACUGGAAGAGGGAAUGUCUCUUCUCAGAUGAUAAUAAUAAAUCAUGAUUUUUUAAUUUAUAUCCCACCCCUCUGGCUGGGUUUCCCCAGCCACUCUGGGCGGCUUACAACAUGUAUAAAAACAUGUAUAAAAACACAACAAUCAAACAUUUUUUAAAAAUCCUAUACAAUCAACAAACCAAUAAUUGGAAUAGAAAGCAAUAACAACAACAAUUAUAAUAACAAUAAUAACAGUUUACCCAACUGUUGUACCCAACUGACACAUGAACAUCACCUAAAAAGCAAAGUGUGCUUUUUUGCUUCAGAACUACUGAAAUUUGGUCAACGAAUCAAUUUGUUGACGAAAACACAUUGUCUAGAAUUUCUUUAAUCAGGUGACAGCUGAUUAAUAUUUUAAAAGCUUGCAUACGAGUAGCAGAGGAAGAUAUGCAGAUGGUGCUUGGUAAUGUUUUGCCUGCCAUGUUCCCAGGAUCUCCUCUUACACAAAAGCAAGUUUCUAGUCCCCCUGGUUGUGGAGAAAGCUUGGGAACGACUCCCUUUCCAUCCACACCCAAUUGAGCCUGCUCCACUCAAGGGGAUGCCGUGUCCAUCACAGAGAGAAGGACAUCUCCCUUUCUGGCUAGACUGAGAUCUAGCCUUGUGGGACUUCCCCAAACAUAAAGUCAAGGAGGAGGGUAGCAGAUUCACCAACAGAAAACGACCAGCUUAAAAGUACAGCACUGCCUCUGCCGUAAAUCUCAUAGGACCUCACCUAGUUUGUUCCUGACAACCUAGGAAAAGCCAUGCGUUCUGUAAUGUAAUGGCCCAGUUUUAUGGAACUUUUUUCCAGUUGAUGUCAGACAGGUCCCCUCCCUGUUGAACUUCCCAAAUACUUUUUUAAAAAUAAAAAUUCCAGGAGAGUUUUAACUGACUUCUGAUUUUUACGUUCAUCGAGGGUUUUUUGGUACACCGCUUAGAGACAUUUGUGAUUAAGCGGUUUGUAAAUUAUUAUUAUUAUUAAUAAUAAUGGCUGUUGCUGCUGCUCUGCUUCCUCAUCCUAACUAAUCUCCGCAUUUUACAAAAACAGAUUAUUAUUUUUGUAGUUAGGAAAGUGCACUGGAAAGUGUGGGGUGAAAAGGAUGUAAUGCAAAACCCCCACAAGCAAAUUGGGAUUUCUGCUCCAUGUCUCGUAACCAUCCCCACAAACAGAUCAGAACAAUUGUUUGAUAAAGACCAGGCCUAGUCAAAGCUCCGCAUAAGCUUUGUGCAAGCAAAUCAGGGCAAAUGCCCAAUAACUAGGCCUUCUGGGAGAGUUUGAAAUCUUUCCUAUCCCUGGACACCCAGGAUUUGAACCUGGGACCUUCUGGAUGCAAACAAAAAUAGUCUACUACUGACCUGUGGGUGUAUAUAUAUUGCCUCAGUGAAUUUUGUUUGAUCCUUUGGUAUUUUGGAUAGUACCAAAAUUCCUUUCAGUGCUCAAUCUUUUGUAUCCUGUACAACAUGAAAUAAUUAACGCAGGAUAAAUUUUAACUAGAGGAGAGAUGUGGGGUGAGGCUUAACUUUCCCAGCAUCUGAUUUCAUCUGGGGUGGGGUGGGAAAACAAAGUGUUUAAACAGUUCAAUAAGCAUUUGUAAAUAAUAUGAUUACUCCCCUUCCCUUAAAAACAAAAAUUGCAAUGGGUUUUUAAAUUUUAGAAAGUUCUAUUUUGUAAAUGAUAUUCAACAUUUUUUUAGUCUAGGUUUCUUAGCUGUAAUACCUUCUUCUUUCUCUUUUUUUAAAAAAAGAAACGACGACAUCCUCUUGCUGUAGAUGAGAAGCAUUCCCAUGGAAGUUGUUCUGUCAGUGGUUUUCUCUAUUUAUUACUUAGUUUGUGAUGAGCAAUUUCCUGUACAGUUACCAAAACAAAACAAAACAAAAAAGAUUGUUGGUGGUUUUAAAAAAAUAUAAAAUAUUAAAAUGUAA